AUGAAAGAAACGGCAACAAUAAAUGGCCCUGAAGGAACUGUUUCCAGCAAAACACAGGAGUCAUUGGUGCUUCUCGAAAGAGGUAUGGAACAGCUACGAGAUAACGUUAAGAAUGUAAACGAGGACUAUCUUGGUGACAUUGACCUGCGUACGCUCCUAACAACUCAGGUAGAGAACCUUCAUGCAGUCUCCAACUUCAAAAACGAGACUUUCACCGCUCUUCAGUAUGCUCAAGACUUUGGAACAAUUUCAAAGGAAUCUUGA